GUGAAGCGCAGCGCGAUGGAUAGAAAUCCCGUGAGGCAGUCGUCAUCCGGCGCCGGAGCAAGUGAAUCCAGUGAACAGGAGGACCAGAAGACGCCCAGUGCGGCCGAGUAUAUGAGGAACUUCAAGAACAUCAUAGCGCCGGGCAACGAGGCCUCCAUGACCAGGGAGUUCAAUCCGCAGGUGGCAUACGAAUUCGAAAAGUAUCUCAAUCCGCAGAAGCUCAAGCAGCACGUCCUCAAAAGCGAGAAGCUGCGCUCCAUUCUGGAGCACUAUGCCCAAGAGUCGGGCAAGCCGUUGAAACAGAUGGAGCGCCAGGCCAGGGCGAUCAUUGAGGAAAUCGGCCUGGAGCGGAAUAUGGCCAUCAUUCGGUGGUGCGGCAUUGCCAUCACGGCGAUCGGCAAGCGGAUCUGCGACGGGUUCUAUGUCAAUUCGGCCAGCAUGGCCAAUGUGCGCAAGGAUAUGGGCAAGUGCCCGGUGCUCUACCUGCCCAGUCAUCGCAGCUACAUGGACUUCAUCCUGAUGUCCUACAUCUGCUACUACUACGACAUCGAGAUACCAGGAAUAGCCGCCGGCAUGGAUUUCCACUCCAUGUUCGGAAUGGGCACCAUGUUGAGGAAAACAGGAGCGUUCUUCAUGCGCCGCAGCUUCUCCAACGAUGAGCUAUACUGGGACAUUUUCCGGGAGUACAUGUACGCGCUGGUGGCCAACUAUCACAUCGGCGUGGAGUUCUUCAUCGAGGGCACGCGCUCCAGGAAUUUCAAAGCCCUGGUGCCCAAAAUUGGACUCCUCUCGAUGGCUCUGUUGCCAUAUUUCACCGGCGAAGUGCCGGAUGUGAUGAUUGUGCCAGUGAGUGUGGCCUACGAGCGCGUCCUGGAGGAGCAACUGUUCGUCUAUGAGCUGUUGGGUGUGCCCAAGCCCAAGGAGUCGACAAAGGGAUUUUUCAAGGCGCUAAAAAUCAUCGACGAGCGAUUUGGCAAGAUGUUCCUCGACUUCGGAGAGCCCAUCUCGGUCAAGGAGUUCUUCGGACACGACAGUGCGCAACGGAUGCAGCGGGCGGGCGUAGGUGGUCACUUGCAGAAGCUGAACCGCCAGGAGGUGGAACUAGUCAAACAGCUGGCCAAUGAGAUUAUCUAUCAGCAGCAGCGUCGCAUUGUGAUCUCCACGUUCAAUCUGCUCAGCCUCUACUACGCCAGUCAGUUGUAUGCCCAAAAGAGUGUCACUCUGGACGAGCUAGCACGGGGUGUUCUGCAUCUGAAGCGAAUCUUCGAGCAGCUGGGCGCCCAUGUCAGCACGACUCCGAGCAGCAUUAAGGCGGAUGUGAUUGACGCCGUGGAGAUACACUCAAAUAUUUUACAUUUCGCGACUGGGCGACUGCAGUUUACGCCCAUGGCAGCCAAGCAACUGGCGGAGCAGAUCGAUGUUAAGCGCCUGAAAGCCCAUGCCCUGUGUCCACAGACCAUGGCGGUGGCUGUGCCCAUGCUGGCACUGCAGCUCUACAUUAAUCCCUGCAUGUUCUGGCUGGCCAGACCCGCCUACCUGCUGCUGGCAGCGCUCAAGGAGCAGAGGAAUCAGCAGAACCAAUCGACGGACAUCUCGUACGAUGCCAGCUUGUGUGCCCUGCAUGCCCACGUGACCACCAUGGACGCGCUUUUCCAGCACGAGUUCAUCAUUGAAUCGAAUCGCGAGGCGGCUGAGUUUGAGACGCAUCUGCAGCUGCUCCUGGACGAGCGAGUUGUGGAGGUGGAGACCAGUGGCCGGAUCAAGGUGCAGGACAAUGAAUGCUCGCAUGUCAUUCUGGCCGCACUGGCGCCAUUCCUCUGCCUCUACUACCAACUGGUGGUCACGUUAAGAAAGAUCCCUUUGGAGCUGGAGUUCAGUAACAAGGAGCUGCUCGUGCGCGUCCAGCAGCAUGUGGAGCAGCUCCUGCAGCAACCCGGAGCCCCCGCCUCUCAUGUGCACCCAUAUUGCCUGGCCCUGGACAAUCUGAACAUUGCCAUCUAUGCUCUAAUCCAGAGGGGCUACGUACUGAAGAGCAGGGACUCGGGCCAGAUGAAGAUCGCGUCCACUCCGGGAAAGUGCCUGCGAGAACUGGAAACGCAGCUUCUCGAGUACUGUCAACUAAUGCCAUUUGCUCAAUACUCGACGGCGGCCAACCAGCAGGCCCAGUUCCACAUAGCCAAGUUAUAACUGGCAAACGGAAAGAGGCCGGCGGGGGAGGCGACAAGGGAGAGGGACGCCGAUUCGAGUACCGAUACCCAGUCGGGUCCCAGACAGUGUAGUACAAUUACCAUUUCAUUGCCCAUGCAGUUCAUCCAGUUUGUUGUCGGCCUGCUCAAGAAUUGUCGCAUCAUCUGCAUACUUUUCUUCAUCGUGGUGGUGGCGCCGCUGUGGCAGCUGCUCCACUGGAUCGUCGUAUCCACCCACUCAUUCACGUAGGUUUAUGGGGUGUCUGGUUUGGAUGGGUCGAUUCUAAUAGUAUACCAUUUAUAUUGGCAUAAUUUACAUUCCCCAUUUUCCACAUGCUAUUUAACAGUUUUGGAUAAUGUACAUAGCGAUAGGCAUUUGUUUAAAAGACUAAAUAACGUAUCAAAAUACAAAACAAGAAAACAAAUGCUAGAAUAAGAUUGAACUACAAUUUUGUGACUAGCGAAAUCGAUCCAUCCUUGAGUAUAAAUGUAUCCGAGUGCGUAGAGAAUCUUAAAGCCUAACAACUGAUAUUUUAUGUCCAGUUCGCCAUGAAGCAAAUGAAAUUCAAAAAUGUUGUUUAAACAAGCCGGUUAGUGUUAGAAAUAUAUAUCCCAUAUAUUUUUAGCCGAGGAAUUCAUAGAAAUGUUGCCAAUAAAAAACGCAACAUUGAAAGCACAUUCAAUUUUUUAAACGAAAAUAGUUUAGCACGAUUUCUAAGUCACUUUUCAUAGUUUAGUUGGGUAGUUUAUAUAUAAAUUGUCAAUCUAACUUCGUAGUUUUUUACAAUUCACAAGACAAAAAUGGGUUUUAACUUUUAAAUUUUUUCACUAGAGUGGUAAACGCAUUUUUGUUUAAUUUUAAGUUAUUUUAGUUUUAAGCUGGUGUUAAGUUUGCUUCAGUUUUUGUGUCUUAAGUUGUUACUGCUCAUUAGCCCUGCAUUAUUUUUAAAUAUUCCAUUGUGCCAAUAGAAAAGUCAGCACCACACAAAGAAAAAUAAAUGAAAAACUUGCCCUAGAUAUAUAAACAAAAAUGGUUGAUACAAAAUCUGAUCCCACAAGAGUUUAGUUACGAUUAUUCCUAGACAAAAAACCACAGCACAAAAAUGUCAGAGAAGUGCAAUACAAAUAUUAUGUUAAAAUAUAUUUUUAGAGAUUGUUUCGUUUUAGUUUUCGAUAGAUACUUUUGUAUUUGUAUAGAAUUUAAAACAAGAACAGAAAACCAGUCCUAACUACACCCGCUAAUAAACCAACUAAAAACGAGA